UAUUAUUCAUUCAUUCGUUCAUUGCCUUCACCGUUUUCUGCUGAUGUGUACGUUGAAACGAAUUUAUAAAUAUUUUUUGAGAAAUCAGUGAUUAGUUUUCAAAAAUGUUUCAAAAUAUGUUGAUGACGGCGUUAACACCUCUUGGAAUUACAAAUGAGGUUCAACAAUGGCAAAAUAUGCCGUUUACUACCGUAUGGCCAGAGCAAAAUAUAAAAGAAGAAAUAACAGAAGUACCAGUAAUAAGAAAAAAGCCGAAGAGAAUGCGAACGGCGUACACAACAGAGCAGUUGAAGGUUCUGGAGAAAACUUACAAUAGAUUUAAAUACAUCGACGUGAAUCACCGGCGGGAACUCGCCGCCACUCUCAACAUCGGGGAGAAGAGCAUCAAGGUCUGGUUCCAGAACAGGAGGAUGAAAGAAAAGAGGACGUCAUCAGAAUCCAGUUGCGAUUCUUCGAGCGAGAUAUCUCGUGAGAUGUCUCCACCGCAUGUGGAAACACAUAAACCAGCUUUUGAUUAUUCUAAUGCACAUAAUACUGAUAAUUUGGAACCUCGAUAUGAAUUCCCCGUGUAUCACGUCCAGGCUUAUCCUGAACAAUUUUAUGGUCAAAGCAAAGCUCCAAUAACACACUACCCAGAAAACUACCAAAAUGUUAAACCUACUACGGAUCAGACAGAGUCAUUUGUUAAGGAAGGUGGUGUGUAUCCUACUCAGUACUAUCCCACUUCGGUUGAUUACAACAAUUCGGAAGGCAACUAUGGAUAUAACAAUAAUGAUGUAACGAGUUCGAAUUACUGGUCGCCCAAUGGUUUUGAUUUAAGCUACUUUCAACCUAAUUAUUGAUUCAUACAAUUUUAGAUAAUAUGGCUAUUAAGAAAACCUAAUUUCUUAAAUAAUAUAAUUAUAACAUAUAAUUUAUUAAUUAGAAUAAGAAAAUAUUAUUAAUUUAUUGUA